UCGCUAAGAUCUUGAGUGGCAUUCAGUGCUCCGGAGCUUCGCUUAUAAUCUUAUUGAAAAUAUUAAACAGUGUUUAAUUUGAUGAGUGUUUCGCAGCAAAGAGGUUGAAGUGCAUCGAUUCUGGAGAGCGAUUAAUAGUCCCAUAGAUAUAGCGUGUGAGAGGGUUAUGAAUUGUGAGGGAGUGUGUGAGUGAGUGAAUAGAUUAUACAUAUGAUUGUUGUGAAUGUGUUUUGUGUGGCUCUCUAUCACUGUUUUUCUGCCCUCAAGAGUAUUAUAUUAUGAAUAGAAACGAUAAUAUUAGCGAUAGUACGGGUAUUCGCGAUGAUAUGACAGCUAAUAAUGCGUUAAAUAAUGAAAACCCUAUCAUUGAUGUCAAUGAAGAUAACAAUAAUAGACCGAAAUCUCAUUCAAAUAAUCUAAUAUUGAGACGAUUUUUAGAUAAUAAUUGUGUCGAUGAAUGCAAUGCCAUCGUAAAGAAGUCUUCCGAUAGAAACGCAAUCAAUUUUAUGGUGUUGGGAUAUUUCCUAUUGCUUGUGAUCGUUGUUUACGCCUAUUUUGGGACUUUAAUAAGCGAUAUAUUCUUCUCCGGAAACAACGCCAGCGAUGUUUACAUCGAAACCAAGAAUCACACAAUCAUUAGGGAUGGCAGCGAUUCAGCGCCCAUACGAUCCACACAAUCGGCUAUUAAUAGCGACGACGACAGCACUGGUAAUGAGGGGAAGGAGAAAAAGUUUAUUAAAACUAUAACAUCGACCGAAAUAAUUGUCAUCCUAUGGCUAACACUGGUGUACGGGUCGGGUUUGCUAUUGUUUUUGCGGUUCAAAGUAUUAAAGCUGGAAAGGGAUCCAAACAGUGAGAAACAUAAGAAGAAGGACAGUCAGGAAGAGCUGAACGCCUUUCUCGCCAAUAGUCGUAAACACGAUAAGAAUUCAUUCAAAAAGAAGAGCUUAGCAAACGAUAACCGGCCGCCGACGGGCAGUGAGCACACAAGUGAGCCGUUUUGGCACAAAUAGUACAUUCAUUUUGACAUUUGGGUAACGAUUUAGAAAAUGUCUGCAAAAGAGAUAUUUUUAAAUGUGAUUUCCUUGAAAAUGCAUUUAAUUAUAUAUGUUUAACACAUGUAUAGUUGUAAUGCUAUAAUUGAGGCACAGAAUUGGGAACAGAUAUCUAGAAAAGUCACUGAUUGUCACAAAGAGAGAGAGAGAGAGA